GAAAAGCAUUUAUACGGACAUCAUCCGCUUCGCCACGGAGCUGUGAGGGACGCAGACUCGCUCUGUGUCUUCAGCUUUGUUUUCUUCCUUUUUUUCCCGGAUUCAAAAGCUCAUCCGGACCUGGAAGCCGAUGACUCUCGCGCCAAGAAAGCGCGAGCUUCCGAACGUCAGGCUUCUCCAUUUCGGUCCUCGCGCGUGAAGUCGUUCGGUUACCGUUACGGUUUGAAAGGAGCGACGGUUGGCAGCUGUGACUGAAUUACUGAGGUAAAACUAACGUUAGACGGCUGUUGUUCCGUGAGGGAGGGAAAGAGGCGGCUAGCUGAGCGCUUUCUCUCGGCGCGUGUGAGACAAUAACUAACGUUAGCGCAUCACCACCAACUAACGUUAACUAGCUGCUACUUUCCGUCGUCGCCCUCACACGCGAGUUUCACCGGACGUGAACGUUAACUGGAAGCGGCUAUCGCCCGCCUGCUGCCCGAGCCAAGUCGAGCCUCGCCAUGUCAGCGCCACCGAGCCCCACUUCUUUUUGUCCCGGAGAAGCCGCCCCGCCAGAAACGGACACCCUCGCGGUGGACGGCGGUUUGAAACCCGCGGGUCCCACGCCUAGCCAGAGCCGCUUUCAGGUGGAUCUCGUGACAGAGGCGGCCGGGAGUGAGAAAGCCACCGCUACUGACUGCUCAUCGGUAGCCGCCGGAGAUGGCGCAGAGAAGGCAGCCGAGGAGGCGAAGGGCAGGUUCCGGGUAGUGAACUUCGCGGACCCGCGCAGCGCGGCCUCCAGCCCGGAUGCGGCGCCGGUCGAGGGCGUGCAGAACGGGGACACCGUGAUGAGUGAGGGCAGCCUGCACUCCUCCACCGGAGGCCAGCAGCACUAUCACUACGACACGCACACCAAUACGUACUACUUGAGGACUUUUGGCCACAAUACUAUCGAUGCCGUGCCUAACAUCGACUUCUACCGGCAGACCGCAGCGCCCCUGGGGGAGAAGCUCAUCAGACCCACCCUGUCAGAACUGCACGACGAGUUAGAUAAGGAGCCGUUUGAGGAUGGAUUUGCCAAUGGUGAGGAACUGACCCCUGCUGAGGAGGCCGCAGCCAAAGAAGCAGCAGAGUCCAAAGGAGUUGUAAAGUUUGGAUGGGUCAAAGGAGUGUUGGUCCGCUGCAUGUUGAACAUUUGGGGUGUGAUGCUCUUCAUCCGCAUGACAUGGAUCGUGGGCCAGGCUGGAGUUGUGUAUUCCUGCAUUAUCGUUGCCAUGGCAACUGUUGUGACCACAAUCACUGGCUGCUCAACUUCUGCGAUAGCGACCAACGGUUUUGUGCGAGGAGGUGGGGCAUAUUAUUUAAUAUCUCGAAGUUUAGGCCCAGAAUUUGGCGGUUCUAUUGGUCUUAUCUUCGCCUUUGCCAAUGCGGUGGCAGUGGCCAUGUACGUUGUUGGCUUUGCUGAGACAGUCGUUGAACUUCUUCACGCUGCUAAUCUUGUCAUGUUGGAUUUUAACAACGAUGUCAGAAUCAUUGGAACCAUCACUGUUCUUAUCCUCCUUGGCAUCUCAGUGGCAGGCAUGGAGUGGGAGGCAAAGGCUCAGAUCUUUCUCUUGGUUGUCUUGAUCAGUGCCAUCUUCAACUACUUCAUCGGCACAUUCAUCCCCUUCGAAUCAAAAGAAAAAUAUGGAUUCUUUGGCUAUGAUGGUGGCAUCAUGUUGGAAAAUUUAGGUCCGGACUUCCGAGGAGAAACAUUCUUCUCCGUGUUCUCUAUCUUCUUCCCUGCAGCCACUGGCAUUCUCGCUGGUGCCAAUAUCUCAGGAGAUCUUGCAGAUCCCCAAAUGGCAAUCCCAAGGGGCACACUUCUGGCUAUUCUUAUCACAGGCCUAGUCUACAUGGGUGUUGCUGUCUCUGCAGGCGCCUGUAUCGUGAGAGAUGCCACAGGUAUUGAGCGCAAUGGCACUCUGAGUGAGGGCUUCACAAACUGCACUGGUGCUGCCUGUAAAUUUGGCUACGAUUUCUCCUCCUGCAGGCCAGUUAAUGGAGAAGAUCCCCCUUGCAAAUAUGGGCUCCACAAUAAUUUUCAGAUUAUGAGUGUGGUGUCAGGUUUCAGUCCCCUCAUUACUGCAGGAGUUUUCUCCGCAACACUCUCUUCAGCCCUGGCCUCAUUGGUCAGUGCCCCUAAAGUGUUCCAGGCUUUAUGUAAAGACAACAUUUACCCUGGCAUUGCCAGUUUUGGUAGGGGCUACGGCAAGAACAAUGAACCCCUGCGUGGCUACUUACUCACUUUUGGCAUUGGCCUAGCCUUCAUCCUCAUUGCGGAAUUGAACACCAUUGCUCCAAUCAUUUCCAAUUUCUUCUUGGCCUCUUAUGCCCUGAUCAAUUUUUCUGUGUUUCAUGCCUCUUUGGCCAACUCUCCUGGAUGGAGGCCCAGCUUCAAGUACUACAACAUGUGGGUGUCUCUUGCCGGAGCAGUGCUGUGUUGUGUGGUCAUGUUCAUUAUCAACUGGUGGGCGGCCCUACUGACCAACGUCAUCGUCUUGUCUCUCUACAUUUAUGUCAGCUACAAGAAGCCUGAUGUGAACUGGGGUUCAUCCACCCAGGCGCUGACCUACCAGCAGGCCCUGACACACAGCCUGCAGCUCUGUGGAGUCGCAGACCAUGUGAAAACUUUCAGGCCGCAGUGUUUGGUGAUGACGGGGGCACCUAACUCUCGCCCAGCUCUCCUUAAUCUUGUCCAUGCCUUUACUAAGAAUGUUGGCUUGAUGGUCUGCGGCCAUGUGCGCAUUAGCUCUCGUAGGCCAAACUUUAAGGAGCUAAACAGUGACUUGGUGCGCUACCAGCGCUGGCUUCUCAACAACAACUCCAAAGCUUUUUACACACCUGUAGUCGCCGAGGACCUCCGCCAGGGCACUCAGUACCUUCUGCAGGCUGCUGGCCUUGGAAGACUGAAGCCCAACACACUGGUUCUUGGCUUCAAAAAUGACUGGAGCAACGGAGAUAUGAAAGAUACAGAAAUCUACAUAAAUAUGAUACAUGAUGCCUUUGACUUCCAGUAUGGCGCUGUCAUUCUCAGACUGAGAGAAGGGCUUGAUAUUUCCCACAUUCAAGGCCAAGAUGAUACUUCAGCCAUGAAGGAUGUUGUGGUGUCUAUCGACAUGAGCAAAGACUCGGACGGCGACUCAUCCAAGCUUUCAUCCAAGGCAACAAGUGUUCAGAACAGUCCAGCUGUCCAGAAAGAUGAUGAGGACGACGGCAAAGCCCCUACACAGCCCCUGUUGAAAAAAGAUAAAAGCAGUCCAACUAUGCCGCUGAAUGUGGCCGAUCAGAAGCUGUUGGAGGCCAGUCAGCAGUUUCAGAAGAAGCAAGGCAAAGGCACAGUGGAUGUCUGGUGGUUGUUCGAUGAUGGCGGCCUGACUCUGCUCAUCCCAUAUUUAAUCGCCAACAAGAAAAAGUGGAAAGACUGCAAGAUCCGCGUCUUCAUUGGGGGCAAGAUCAACAGGAUCGACCAUGACCGCAGAGCAAUGGCCACAUUGCUCAGCAAGUUCAGGAUAGAUUUCUCCGACAUUACCGUACUGGGAGACAUCAACACAAAACCCAAGUCUGAGAGUUUGGCAGCAUUUGCCAAGAUGAUUGAGCCCUAUAAGCUGCGAGAGGACGACAUGGAUCAGGAGGCAGCGGAAAAGCUGAAGGCUGACGAGCCCUGGAGGAUCACUGACAAUGAGCUGGAGCUCUAUAAGGCCAAGAGUAAUCGUCAAAUCAGACUGAACGAGCUGCUGAAGGAGCACUCAAGCACAGCAAACCUUAUUGUCAUGAGUAUGCCACUGGCAAGAAAGGGUGCAGUGUCCAGCGCCCUGUACAUGUCCUGGUUGGACACACUUUCCAAGGACCUUCCACCUAUUCUGUUGGUUCGUGGUAACCACCAGAGCGUCCUCACGUUCUACUCUUAAGCGAAUUGAUGAUCACCGACCCCCCCCCCCGUGAAGCACACUUUGCCGAUAUACCGACACUAAACACAAAUGUGCACACACAAACACAUGAAGGUAGAUCACCUGUGACUGUAAGGAUAAUAAUGAUGGUGAUGGUCAAGAGGAAGAUAGAGAGACUAGGAGCACCUUCUCCUGAGAAGCUUCUGGUUUCUGUAGCUCAGUUGUGAGUGUACAGGUUAUGUUUCCAGAACGUUCCGGACAAUAGAGGACAAGACAAGAACGUGUUCAAUAAUUUAUUGGUCACUGUUUUCUUUGGACCACAGGCAUCUGAGCAUGAAGUACACAUUGUUCUGAUUACAAUUAUCAUUAUUAUAAUUGUCACGAUUAAAAUGUGGAUCUAUUUUUUUUUUCCUUCUUUUUUUGCUCUUCGAAGCAGCAAUAAUCACCCUGUUUUCCUUUUUCCUCACUUGGGAGAAAACCAUGCAGAAUGCUUUGCAACACCUUUUAUAGCCUUAUAGAUGUGCCUUCCAGUUCAAUCAAAUUAAAUGAAACUUUGCCAUGAUUGAUGCUCAAAUAUCUGUAGAUGUAUUAGACUAUUUUUAAAUUGGGUUUUAAAUGUGCUAAAGAUAUUAAGGAUUUUUAUGCGAGUGGACUGGUGGUGUUUGCGAAGGUUUCCACUUCUUAGCAUAAAAAACUUUUUUUUUUCCCCUUUUCUUUUCCAAUGAGGUUUAAUUUUCCCCGGUCAUCUUUUGACCUUUUUCUUUUCUUUUUUUUCCAGAUUUCAGUCUUCCUUUAAACUGUGAAGGGUUUUUAGUGUUCCUAGUACAGUACCCUCCACUAAUCUUAGAUGUUCUGGUCAUCAAAGUUAGAGGGUGUAUUCAGUUGUACAGAGCUGAAGGUCAGUCUGAACAGAAUGCUGUAUAACUUUGGUCACUUGAGUGCAGAUAAACAGCCAAUGGCUUUAAGAUGUGCUGCCAGGUUCUUGUCUAAAAGAAGGUGUCUCAGAAGAGUGGCACGUCAAAGCUGCUAUGAAACGACGGCUACACAAAGAACAAUCAACCAAAUAUGGCGUAACCUCUUGAAUUUACGUUAUUCCACAAACCUGCAGGUCUUGCUACAGAGGAUGACUUUGCCUUAAAAGCAGAAGAAAUGAUUGUUGACUUUUAACUACUUCUUUAUAAGCCAUACUGGCUGGUUGGUUGAUUAGCGGAUAAGCGCGGACAUAAAAAUAGAAUGUAAUGUCAGUUGUAGUGUUUUUUUUAGUAAGUUAAUUGUUUUUAUUUCAUUUCUAAACACUCCUCUAUUAUAGUACUAGAUUGCCUUUUUUUUUUUUGGAAGCAGUCCGAUUGUAGCUACAAAGAAAACCAUGUCAUCAGCGUCAUCAAGACUUGGACCACAACCAACUUUUCCGUCUUUGUUAUAGUGUUGGACUGUUACAGAGUAGCUUAUUAUUUUCCUCCAUGUUUGCAUGUUAAAUUUAGGAGCUUCCCUGUCUCGUGCAGUGUAAUCCUAAAGGCCUGUUCAGGUAUUGCAGCUGUAGUUAAAGGCCAUGGCACAGAUUACAGGAUGUCUGGAAGUGUUGAUUAAAGCCAGUACUAAGAAUGUUUUUCCACAUGUCAGUGGUCCUGUUGAAUGAGAUGCAUUAUAUACCUCUAUGCAGGUGAACUGAGAUGAGUGCUCCUCAUUUCCCACUUGUUUAAUUGAUGGAAAUAAAAGAAAGUCGCUCA